AUGGGGAACUCGGGGAGCACGAACAAGAUCUCUGCCCAGGAUAAAGCUAUCCUGGACAUGAAGAACCAGCGAGAUAAGCUACACCAAUACCAGAAGCGCAUUACCGUUAUCACCGACCGCGAGUUGGCAGUCGCAAAGGAAUGUCUGAAACGAGGCGACGAGAAGAAGGCGAAGCUUGCUCUCCGGCGCAAGAAAUACCAGGAGUCAUUGCUCGCAAAGGCAGAUGCGCAGUUGGCGCAGCUCGAGCAGUUGACGCAUGACGUAGAGUUUGCGCAGUUGCAGAAGGAUGUUAUGUUCGGAUUGCAGCAAGGAACACAGGUGCUGAAGGAGAUUCAUAAGGAAAUGGGCGGGGUGGAACAGGUUGAGAAACUGCUCGAGGAGAAUGCAGAGGCACGCGCUUACCAAGAGGAAAUCAGCAAUAUGCUGGCGAACAAUCUCUCCAACCAGGACGAGGACGAGGUUGAGGAUGAGCUGGAAGCCCUUGAAGCCGAACUCUCGGGCAUCGAUCUACCCACCGCGCCUGCGAACAAGAUCGAAUUGACCGAUGCACAGAAGGCAGAGAUCGCCAAAGAGCGAGCAAAGAAGAGAGCCCGCGACAGAGCUGCCGAGCAGCAGCAACGAGAGCUCAUUCCCGCAUGA